AUGGCAACUUUCAAGAAACUUUUCUCAGCCGCUUCGCCGAGGGAAGAAGUCCAAAGCGUCAGCAGUCAGCAAUAUGUCAACCAAUACACCAAUUCACCUACUCGUGAUCCUAGGACGCCUGCGUCCCCCUAUACUUAUCCGCUACAAUCGCAGAGUAAGCAAGAUGUGAACCGACAUUACGAGGGAAUAGAGAGGCAAUUCGAGCAACUACACGAGACGUUCUACUCCCGCACCCUCGCAUCUCUUCGUCAAUUCCGGUACACCAAGGCCGGCGAGUCUUCAGAUCAGAAGAACAGAUACAUCGAUGUUGUGGAGGCUUUGUUCUCAAAUCAUCGCUACCAGAUGUCAUCCACCAGAUCGAUGUCGCCGAUAACUCCUUACAACGAGGACAUUGCAGACCGAAAUAUAAUCGCCCAACAUUUCCCCCAACUGAACCCUCAGUACUCCCGCCCGAUAUCCGGCUUGUAUCAGGAAGAUGUGGCGGACAGGAAUAUAUCAAGGUCAAAGAGCAAUCCAAUUUACAAAGGACCUCGGUCUAGCCGUCUGAGUGUGAGGUCCGAUGACUAUGAAGAGAAGGCGAGCAGCUCCAGAUCUAAAUCACAGACCCGUUCUCAUGAACCACGGACGAGUUAUCCUCCAGCAAAUUUGACAAAAUCUCCGAGUAGAGACGUGGCAGUUGAACUGCCAAUACCGGAGAAGGAUCAACGAAGAGGUCAGACGUUGUUAAGACCUCAGGCCUCUGCGCCGGAUCUAAGCAUGGUAGAAAUUAAGACUCCUGAUCUUGCCAGUUUUCCAAGGCCCCCAACUUCGGGAGCGGAUACAGUUGUGGAAGAGCCAUCGAAGGAACCGGAGAAAAUGCCGGAAAAGGCGUCUCCAAAAUCGCCCCGAAAAUUGUCCGGCAAGGCAUUGGAAAAGGCGAUUGAAAAAGCCUUAGCGGAGGAAGAAGCAGUCACAGACAAUUCAUCUGUUUGCAGUGGCAGGCCGAGUUCGGAUAUUGAAAUGUCAGAUAGCAGACAACCAGCGGAUGCGAAAUCAUCAACAAGUUCUCGAACGAGCAAGAAGAAUGUCCGUGACCUUAUUAUCAAUACGGAUAUCACUGCCAUAAAGAAACCGAGCAUAAGAAUCGAACAUUGUGCAAUUCAACCUCCAACUCCCCGCAACCCUGUACCAAUUCCACAAAACGCCAGCAUUGACGAAAUUGUGCACAGUCCAUUGCUCACAGUCGGCCCUAACCACCUCACUGCUCAACCUUCUCCUGCCCUUGACAUUGAUGACCUUAUGAAGAUUUUCAAACAAGCCUACAAUAAUACUACACAAAAACCUAACCCUCCGUACCCUACAUUCGAGACGCUGCAAGAGAUCAUUAUUCGCGAAAUCAACUCUCAUGACGCCUUUCGCAAAGUCCCUGUACCGAAUGACCUUCUAGUUACACCCCCAUCUUCUGAGAAUUCAGUGCAUGAUGAUAUCCUUCUACCUCCGCCGGGUCCUUCAAGGGUCAAACCACUUCUAGAGAAGGAAAGUCCGUUAUCAAGGCUCAUUCGCAGACGAUCAAAUAAUGGGCUUCAAGGCCGAAGUUCACCAGCUCCAAACACCUCACCUAUCAAAACUUCAUCCCCUCCAAACUCUCCACCAACCUAUACCAACUAUAACAGCCAAAGCACCGAGGCCGACAUAUACUUGGCACCAACAAAAAAGACUGCAUCGAGAGACACACAACCAUUCAUCCCUCGGCGACGGCGCCAUACAUAUGGAGAACCACUAACUCCAUCUCGAACAUCAGCCCCAAUGUCACAACAACGCCAACAGCUACAACUUCAAUCUCAGCCGCAUCAACGACCUCAAUCCCGACCUCUACCGCCCGCGCAUACUUCAUCCGCAUCUAUAUCCUCUUCUUCUAGCUUCAGUCUCUUCCCAGCCACAAAACCUAUCCCACAACCUCGAUACAAAAAUCAUUUCAAACGCAAGUCGGACCCAGUCCCCCCGUCUCCGCAUUUCACCGAAUUCAUCCCCAUGGACGCUGCUACACCACCCAUAUAUCCUAGCUAUGUGCGACAGCAAUAA